AUGACUGCCCCCCACGCUCCUUUUAUCUGCACUAAGACUUUCGGAGAGUUCUCUCAAGAGAUCUACAAAAUCCAGCGCGUUCUGGGAGAAGAGGCGACAGAAUACUUGGGUGUGUAUCCCAACUUUGAAGCACUCGAGAAAGUAGAGAAACAACUAUGCUUUGAGUGCGAGGAUCAGUAUGGUGGUAUUCCAGGCCGACUGUUGACCCUUCUCGACGGAAUGGCCUUUUCCGGGUUUGAAGAGUUCUUCCGCAAAGGUAUAAUCGCGCAAAGAGCAUGCGCUGCCAUCAUUGUUAGCUAUAGACUGUUUGUAGUCGUGAAACUGGUGCUGCAACAAUUGUACCUGAAAGAGGACAUAAAAAACUACAGAUAUUUAGAGGAAGAAUUUGAUGGGUAUAUAAGAACAUUUAAUAUAUUCUCGCCUUGGAGGACGAUCGAGCCAGAUCUCGAAUUAUUUGCAAUACCACUGGUGACGUCCCUAAAUCCGAAUCAAUGGCGAACUCGGUCAUUUGUCUACCUAUCGGACGAUCGCGAAUGGGCGAACAAGGCUUUUGGGAGGCCUCACGCGAUCCACGAAACGAACGAUGUGCAGAAUCCCACUUACCGAAGGCCUAUGGAAUUUUUAAAUCCACCUUACAAUGCUGAAGCUAUCGCGGAGGAGAGGCGCAGAUACGAGGAAAUGGGCCGCAUCGGAGGCUUCGACUACCCACCACAGGCCCUUGAAAAUACUUCUUACCCUACUCCGGAGCCCUCUCCCCCUCCCUACUAG